AUGCAGAUUUUCGUUAAGACUUUGACCGGCAAAACUAUCACUUUAGAGGUAGAAUCUUCUGACACAAUCGAUAAUGUCAAAUCGAAGAUUCAAGAUAAGGAAGGGAUCCCUCCUGACCAGCAAAGACUUAUUUUUGCUGGUAAGCAGCUAGAAGACGGUAGAACUCUGUCCGACUAUAACAUUCAAAAGGAGUCGACCUUGCACCUGGUUUUGAGAUUGAGAGGUGGUAUGCAAAUAUUCGUCAAGACUCUUACCGGCAAAACCAUCACCCUUGAAGUUGAGUCCUCUGACACAAUCGAUAACGUCAAAUCGAAGAUUCAGGAUAAGGAAGGGAUCCCUCCUGACCAGCAAAGACUUAUUUUUGCUGGUAAGCAGCUAGAAGACGGUAGAACUCUGUCCGAUUACAACAUUCAGAAGGAAUCUACUCUUCACUUGGUUUUGAGACUGAGAGGUGGUAUGCAAAUCUUCGUCAAGACUCUUACAGGUAAAACCAUCACGCUCGAAGUGGAGUCAUCAGAUACUAUUGACAAUGUCAAGUCUAAGAUUCAGGAUAAAGAGGGUAUCCCACCUGAUCAACAGAGAUUGAUCUUUGCUGGUAAGCAGUUAGAAGAUGGCAGAACUCUCUCUGAUUACAACAUCCAAAAAGAGUCCACGCUUCAUCUCGUCCUUAGACUGAGAGGUGGUAUGCAAAUUUUCGUUAAAACCUUGACAGGAAAGACCAUCACUCUGGAGGUUGAAUCUUCUGACACUAUUGAUAACGUCAAGUCCAAGAUACAGGACAAGGAAGGGAUUCCUCCUGAUCAACAAAGACUUAUCUUUGCAGGUAAGCAGUUGGAGGAUGGCAGAACUCUCUCUGAUUACAACAUCCAAAAAGAGUCCACGCUUCAUCUCGUCCUUAGACUGAGAGGUGGUAUGCAAAUUUUCGUUAAAACCUUGACAGGAAAGACUAUUACCCUUGAGGUUGAGUCUUCUGAUACUAUCGAUAACGUCAAGUCCAAAAUUCAGGAUAAAGAGGGUAUCCCACCUGAUCAACAAAGACUUAUCUUCGCUGGUAAGCAACUCGAAGAUGGUAGAACGUUAUCCGACUAUAACAUUCAAAAGGAGUCGACCUUGCACCUGGUUUUGAGAUUGAGAGGUGGUAUGCAAAUAUUCGUCAAGACUCUUACCGGCAAAACCAUCACCCUUGAAGUUGAGUCCUCUGACACAAUCGAUAACGUCAAAUCGAAGAUUCAGGAUAAGGAAGGGAUCCCUCCUGACCAGCAAAGACUUAUUUUUGCUGGUAAGCAGCUAGAAGACGGUAGAACUCUGUCCGAUUACAACAUUCAGAAGGAAUCUACUCUUCACUUGGUUUUGAGACUGAGAGGUGGUAUGCAAAUCUUCGUCAAGACUCUUACAGGUAAAACCAUCACGCUCGAAGUGGAGUCAUCAGAUACUAUUGACAAUGUCAAGUCUAAGAUUCAGGAUAAAGAGGGUAUCCCACCUGAUCAACAGAGAUUGAUCUUUGCUGGUAAGCAGUUAGAAGAUGGCAGAACUCUCUCUGAUUACAACAUCCAAAAAGAGUCCACGCUUCAUCUCGUCCUUAGACUGAGAGGUGGUAUGCAAAUUUUCGUUAAAACCUUGACAGGAAAGACCAUCACUCUGGAGGUUGAAUCUUCUGACACUAUUGAUAACGUCAAGUCCAAGAUACAGGACAAGGAAGGGAUUCCUCCUGAUCAACAAAGACUUAUCUUUGCAGGUAAGCAGUUGGAGGAUGGCAGAACUCUCUCUGAUUACAACAUCCAAAAAGAGUCCACGCUUCAUCUCGUCCUUAGACUGAGAGGUGGUAUGCAAAUUUUCGUUAAAACCUUGACAGGAAAGACUAUUACCCUUGAGGUUGAGUCUUCUGAUACUAUCGAUAACGUCGAGUCCGAAAUUCAGGAUAAAGAGGGUAUCCCACCUGAUCAACGAAGACUUAUCUUCGCUGGUAUGCAACUCGAAGAUGGUAGAACGUUAUCCGACUAUAACAUUCAAAAGGAGUCGACCUUGCACCUGGUUUUGAGAUUGAGAGGUGGUAUGCAAAUAUUCGUCAAGACUCUUACCGGCAAAACCAUCACCCUUGAAGUUGAGUCCUCUGACACAAUCGAUAACGUCAAAUCGAAGAUUCAGGAUAAGGAAGGGAUCCCUCCUGACCAGCAAAGACUUAUUUUUGCUGGUAAGCAGCUAGAAGACGGUAGAACUCUGUCCGAUUACAACAUUCAGAAGGAAUCUACUCUUCACUUGGUUUUGAGACUGAGAGGUGGUUUCUGA